AUGGACCCGGUUCCUUUCCUUGAGACCACCUGGAACUUGGUGCUGGUCGCAGGUCAUGCGAGCGUCGGUUGGAUUGACCUGGUGAUUGCUUGGUUGCUUCUGAUUGCCAGCGCAGGGAUGCAGAUCGCCUUCUGUGCGAUCCUGCUUACGCCAUCUUUCCUGGGGGAUCCCUUCGAUGAAGCUCAAGUGACUGUAGCCCAGGAGUGGAGGAACAGUGCAGCACACGACUGGAAGUACAUGGACCUGGCCAAGACAAGCCUGACCGCACGCGUUUGCAACAAUGACGGGGGCUUGAUUCUCUCAAACACCCAGGCAGGCUUGGUGCAGGACAUCAACAACUUCCUCGGUCUUGAUGCAGACAACUUUGAGACCGAGGGGUUCCGACCCGGCAUCCUACUCUCGAUUCUUUGUAUCUUCCUGUGGUCCCUAGGCGACGGUAUCAGAGAGUUUAUCAUAGGUAGCUUCGGGUUCGUUUGUUCCUGA